AUGACUAGUGAGCCUUCAAACGGUGAAGAUGCUUCAAUGAUAGAGGCUGGUUCUGGUUUGCAAAACGUGACUAGUGAGCCUUCAAAGAUAGAGGCUGGUUCUGGUUUGGAAAACAUAACUAGUGAGCCUUCAAACGGUGGAGAUGCUUCAAUGAUAGAGGCUGGUUCUGGUUUGCAAAACGUGACUAGUGAGCCUUCAAACGGUGGAGAUGCUUCAAAGAUAGAGGCUGGUUCUGGUUUGGAAAAGCAUGUGAGUAAUAGUACUGGCAAGCAUGUGAGUAAUGGUACUGGCAAGCAAGUGAGUAAUAGUACUGGCAAGCAGCUAAUUUAUAAACCAACAAUGAUAGCAUCCCUCGACUGUAAGAUCUUGCAAUACCAGUAUGGAAUGUACAAGUUGGAACACUUGAUUGCAGGUUUGAAGAAGUUGCAGGGCUGUUCUACAUCGGAAUUGCCGCUUUUGCAUUAUAUUGUACUAUUAACAGGAAACACAUUUUCCAUCAAUGAAAAGGCCUUUGAUCUCAAAUUUGAGCAAUUGUCUCAAUUCAAAACGACGCAAUUAGGAACCAUUAAUAUCACAGCUACUGCAUCUCACAUCCCUUACGAUAUUACCGAUUUACAAAUACUGGCACUAGACCAUUUACCAUCAACUCAAAAUGCAAAACAAUGUCUUAAGCAAUUAGAGGCCUUGAGCCAUGUAUGUUUACAGGGCUAUGAAAAAAAGUUGGCUUCUGCAAAGUUAGAAAAACUGACAACUUUCAAGGGAGAGAAAAACGAAAACAGUUACUACAAUGAGAUUGACAGAAUCUUGAAAGCAGAUAUAUUUCACAAUGAUAUCGAUUUGACCUUUUCGUUGCAAGAUGCGACUUUUCCUCAAACUCUGGAAAAGGAAUUACUUGAAAAUCAAAAUUAUCAAGAAGCUACGUUAAUUGAUAUGGAUAUCAAAGCCCUUUUUGUCAUUGUUCGCCAAUUCGAAACCCCCUUGAAACAAAUAAGAAGCACCAUUGAUGAAUUGAAAAAACCCAAGGAUGAUCCAUAUGCCUUACAUAAAGUAUUUCUUAUAACACAUCGACUUAAUGAAAUUUACACAAUAAUCCGUAGGUUUGGAAGAAAGACAUAUUUAUCAAAUCAUCAACACUUGUUUGAUUCAAAAUUUCUUUUUCAUCAUGGUAAUGCUGCAAAUUUCAAGAGCGUACUACUAAAAAACAUGGACGAGUACUAUAAUUCAAUGAAGAAAAAUGGGACACUAAUAGCCAACAUUACAAGACUCAUUCGCCAAGAUUCCAAGUUUGAAAUAAACCACAAGAAUAUUUUGAAUUACAUUAAUUUUGCAAAUCAAGGCUUGAAUAUUUGUGAAAAAUCCUUGAAUAUAUUGCGCGAUUUUGGUUUGAGCUGGAUUAUUGCCGAACUAAAAUUUAGGAGAAUAUAUCAUCUACCUAAACAGAAUUUGUAUGUCAUUUACCAGUCGGUGCCUGAACUCAAGGACCAAACUCAAACACUGCAACUGCAACUGCAACAUCUGCAGCAACAUCUGCAGCAACCACAAGAUGGUCAACAGCCACAAGCAAAGCAAAGCGUACCUGCGAUUAAUGGGAAGACAACAUCUAUAGAAAGAUCGUUGAAGAAAUUGGAUUUCAGCGAAGGAGGACGGAGAUCGAGAUCAUCUUCAGUAUCCAGUAUUACUAGUAAUGGCAGCAAUAGCUCUACAGGAUUGAUGAGAAGAGCAUCAAUUACGUCUUCUACCAAACCAAAUUUGACAAAUGUGCAGGGCAGAGUUUCGUCCCCUAGAUCAAGACCAAAUUCAAUGAUGAUCUUACAAGAAGGCUCCAAAUCAAACAAAACUGACACUGGAGAACUGCCAAACAUUAGUGCACUUAAUAGCGAUAGCCCUGUAUCGCCUCAAAACCGCAAAAGAUGGAACAUACAACAUACUACCGUUAAAGAUACUCUUGCUGCUUCUGGGGCAGCAGCGGCGGUAAACCGAAGUAACAACAAUACAUCAAUAAGAUCCCCAUUGAGCAAGAGACAAGAUGCAACUGAGCAAACUAAGGACACGCUCGACGGCCACCAACCAGCAAAGGUGAAACUGAAAUCAUCAGUAACAGGAACAGGAACGGGAAUGGGACCAAGUCGAAUAACAAAGAAAUUGUUAGCCGUUGAUGAUGAAGCAAAGAAAGAUGAUGCUAUUGGAACAAACCCAAAAUUAUCAGCGUCGCAAAGGUUUCUGCAACAUGUAAAGCAUGCUGCCAAAUCAGGCACCCUAAUGACUCAGCAACGUGAGACAUUAACAUCAGUAACCUAUGAUCCGAAUACUUCCUCAAGAUCUCCAAUGCGACGCUGUAAUGAGCUAUCUAGAGAAAGCAACAAUGGUCCGAUAUCCUUGUCACCUCCAGGAGAGCAGUUGCAAACCCAUGCACAAACACAAGCACAUACGCAGCCGAGAAACAAAACUAGAGAUCAAGUCACAAAGCAAAACACUCAUCAUAAUAGCCACAUACCUGAUAACUUUGUUAUUCCGGAUGACGGAUCGACCUCAACAACAGCGACAACUACUUCUACAGUAACAUCUUCAUCUACGGACAGCACCGGGUAUCUGAGCACAGUUGAAGAAGCACAGGAAGCAGAAGCAGAAGCAGAAAAAGAAGAAGGAGGAGAAGGAGGAGAAACUUUGAAGUCUUCUGAAAUUGACGACACGAUAACUGUUUCUGAUGCCAAAAUCCAACCAGAGACAACAACCACGGUAAUUUUGAAGAGGGUUAGGUUCACAGGAGUCCCGGAUUGGACCGAGGCUGAAGACGCGCCAACAAAGUAUUCUCAUGCCCUAUUAAGGAAUUUUGCCUAUUUCAGACACCCAAACAAAUCUUCAACCAAGAAACUGCAUUACUUUUCAAAAAGCGAUCAAUUAUUGAGUGAGGAGAGUUUAUCAUUUAGAGCGAACCAAGGUCUUAAAGAUGGAGAAAAAGAGAGUAUGGUGGCAAUGAGUAUGGCACAAGGUGCAGCGGCACUGAUUAUGCCGAAACCAAAAAACGGACUAGCAGCUAGGUUUAAGAGCAAAUUAUUGUAG